AUGGCUGCAGUCGAAAAGCGGAUUCUGAUUCGAAUGCGAAAGGAGCUCAAGGAUCUGGAAACCUCGCCACCACUCGGAGUUAUUUGUUACCCUCAAAAUGACAAUAUUGUGCAUCUCCAAGCUGAGCUCACCGGACCAGCGGAUACACCUUACGAAGGAGGCGUUUUCAAGAUCGACAUUCAUAUCCCAGAAAAGUACCCGUUUGAGCCUCCAAGGUGCCAGUUCCUCACCAGGGUCUAUCAUCCCAACAUUGACGAUCAAGGCCGUAUCUGUCUGGACAUCUUGAAAGGCCCUCCCAAAGGCACAUGGGGACCGGCCAUCAGUAUCACAACCAUGCUGUUGUCCUUGAGAAUCCUGCUUGCGAAUCCUAAUCCUGAUGACCCACUGCUGGUCGAAAUUGCAAAUGAGUUUAAGGAAAACAGGGCCCUUUUCACCCAAAGGGCUCGAAUGUACACGAAACAAUAUGCUAUGGGAGAUGCAGAUACCAUCGGAAUAGAAAAAAGUUCGGAGGUAGGCGUUUUUAUCACAGCUUUCCACGACUACUGCAUUGACGACUUGCCAGCAAAGGACUCCUUCAUGACACGUUAA